GCAGUUUUUUUAUUGUUUGAUCUGCAUAUUGUGCCUUUAUGUCAAAGGAAAGAUGUCAGUCCAAAUGAAUGAAUAUCACAUUCUCACAAGCAUUCCAACUGUGGAACACCACUUUCAUUACAACACCUCAGAUUGUGACUCUGAUUGUGAUUGGAAUGUUCAGGAAGUAAAAGGGAUCCACUUAAGCUAUUAGUCUUGAAGCUGUAAUGAGAGGAGUUUGUGUUUGUAUUUUCAUGUUGCUAGUAUUUGUUAUUCUGGACACACACAGCCUCCCUCUCUUUCCGUGCAUUGUGAAACUGUGAGUCUCUAAUCAGAGUGGCAGCUUCCUGUGGAGCUAUGCUCAUAUUUGGAGACAGGAAGUGAUGCAGGGGAAAGCCAAACUCCACAAAAGAGCAGAAUGAUGAUAUUGCUACCACAAAUAGGCCUUCCAUGACUGAAGGCGUAAAGAAAUGCAAGUAGUGUUAUAUACUAGCUUGACCAGGGGAACAGAAACCCCCCGAAAAGCAGUUUUUUUCUACUUUUAUUUCAGUAAUCACGUUUCCUUUUAUAGUCUGGCUUACUCCCCUUCCUCUGUGAAGUAGACACGUUUAGCUAGUGUUGUACACCUGUGAGACCAUGCUCAACGUUCUUUAACCAACUAUGGCGGAGCCAUCUGUUAUUAGUUUUUGUCACCAACAGCUGGGCAGACACCUGCAGAACUGAAACAUGAAUUCAUCCGAGAUCUCCUGGCCCAUCCCCAUGAGGGCCAUUGGGGCUCAGAACCUGCUCACCAUGCCAGGGGGGGUGGGCCACUCUGGGUACCUGCACAAGAAAGGAGGAAGCCAAUUCAGCCUUAUGAAGUGGCCUCUCCGCUACAUAAUCAUUCACAAAGGAUGUAUGUACUAUUUUAAGAGCAGUACCAGUCCCACGCCUCAAGGUGCCUUUUCUCUCAAUGGUUACAACAGGGUGAUGAGGGCAGCGGAAGAGACAACAUCCAGUAAUGUGUUUCCUUUCAAAAUUGUCCACUUCAGUAAGAAGCACCGGACAUGGUACUUCUCUGCAGCCAGUGAGGAUGAGAGAAGGAAAUGGAUGCGAAAUCUGCGCAAAGAAAUUGAUCAUUAUAAUGACAGAAGGGAUUUACAUGUUCCAAGUGACUCGGAUUCAGAUGCAGAAAGCUUCUAUGGAUCUAUCGAACGCACCUUGGAUUUAACCCAUGCUACAGACGAACCAGAAGGCAAUUACAUGUCAGAUGACGACGAUGUAGAUGAUGAAGAGGACUAUGUAAGACCAGACAGCCCAUCACCUUCUACAGGAAGACCCACCGUUCCACCACCAUCCUACCCACCUCCUCCAGUCCCGUCAGGCUUCAGACAAUGUGUCCCCCCUCCAGUCCCUGCUCCCAACAGGAACCACUCUGUCGCCAAUCUAAAAAAAACACCUCCGCCCCUACCUCCACCCAAGCAGGGUGAGGUUGUCCAAAACCAUCAUAGACACAUGGACAUCCCAAAUAAGCCGCCCCCCCCUCCUCCUUCCAAUCACAAGGCCUCUAAGAAACUGCCCCUCCCCACACCACCCGUGGCCAACCUGAAGAAGCAGGUCAUGUUGGGGAAGUCGUCCAUCUCCACUUCACCUGAGGGAAACCACCGAGACUGUAGGCCUUCCUUCCCAGUGGUCCCCCAAUCUCCCGCCACCCUACACAUCUGUAGUGACCUGGAGAGGAAGAUGGUACUGGACACCAGCCGCAGCCCACCUGUUUGCCGUAGCAACAAACUCAGUAACAACCCAAGCGUGCCCAACCACUGCCUCAGUCCCAGACCAGCACCAGAGCUGCCAUCACAGGUCUUGCCAGCACUGAACCACAACAAGCCUGGAAUGCACAAGCCCCCCGUGGUCCUCAAACCUCCCUGCCCUAUAGCAAAGCCGAAACCCCCCCGACGCCCCUCACAAAGAUCGUCUCCAGAUGGACAAAGCUUCCGAUCCUCAGUGGACGAGGUGCCUGCUGCUUUAAGAAAGAAAAAUAAUCUAUGCAAGGACGCCGAUGUGGAUUCUGAUGAUGACUAUGAGAAUGUGCAAUUACCAGAUUCUGUAUUUGUGGACACAACCGAAACAAGCAGUGUUGAGAAGUUAUUCAAGGAAAGCUCCAGAAACCCACAAGAUGGCCUCUACUGCUUCAGAAAUUCAGGAACAAAGACAUCAAAGGUCCUGGUGGUUUGGGAUGUGAGUCUGGGCAAGGCGAGAAACUACAGGCUCUUUGAGGAGGAUUCUUGUGUUUUCCUGGAGUCAGAGAUGACCUUUCCCUCCUUGGCAGCUCUAGUGGAGUACUACUAUAGCCACCCUCUACCCAAUCAUGGCUCUCUGUGUCUGCAGCAACCGUAUGGUUACAUCAUUCCCAGGUGACUGCAUCAUGACCCUCAUUCCAGCCCUGUCUGAGGUCAUUCAUAUGGAGUCUCUCCUCUUUGGCACCUUCUGCAACUGUAACGAAGGACAUUAGAAACGCACCAACAUCAUCCUCUGUAGAGCAAAUUCCAACUUUAAAGGUGAGCCCAAGUAAUUUUUGGAGCAAUUCUGAUGAGCAUCGUGGCAGGAGUACUAGCCCCAAACAGCGUUUGGUCUGAGGUGCAACAUGUCGUUGUGAGGAUGAGAUGUUUUGGUCUUCCUGUGUGCACUCAGUUCUAAUACAGGAGAAGGACGACUACAGGUCUAGUACUACAGGUUGUGGGUUAAUCUAUGUCAUCAUUAUGCAUAAUUAAUUCAGAGUAAAUGAAUUAGUAAAUUACUUAUUUAUUAUAUAAAUCAAUGUGAUUAAUAUUUUUUAUUAGAGAAAAGUCAUAUUUCAAAAUGCUUUCAUUAUGAUUACAGUGACAGUAGGUUACUAUGACCAUGUAAUCACACUGUCCAAACAAUAUAUUGCACUGUACAGAUUUUUUUAUUUGGGAAAUGUAAAUUGUAUGUAUUGUAAAUAUGAUUUUGUAAAGAUGUAAAUAUAUAUUAUUUCAAACUAUAUUGAGAAUGUUUUAUAUGUUUUACUGAACACCACUGUUCGUCCAAUUCAUCAGCUAAGCUACUUAAGGUUGCAGAUGACACCACACAGAAAGUAGAACAGAAAACCUCCCAGUCUAGGGAGGUUCAGGCAAUAUCUUGGCCAACCCCUUCCACAUUGUUCCAAAAAUGUUGACAGGUCAAGGGCAAGCAGGACCAAAACAUUGUGCUACCUCAACAAUGUAUUACUCUUUGUUAUGACCAUGAGUAACCAGCUAUAAAUAUUGUAUCAAAAGUCCAAAUUAGACAACUCAGGUUUAAACAGUCUGAAUAUACCAAUGUUGGUUUGGAGUUGUUUUUCUUGUUUUUUUCCUUGGGAGUAGAUGACUGAGCAGACAUUAUCCAUUUGUAAACCAUCUAUACUAGCAUAACUUCAACUCUGAAUAUAAUUGUGAGACAAAUAUAUCAGGCUGCCAAUCAAUGAUAAGCCAGCCUCAAGGGGGAAUAUUAGUCUGCAAAAAUUCUCUGGCCAUCACAGGCCUGCUUAUAAAGCUCUGGAAAAAAUGAGGAGACCACUGCACCAAAAAGAAGUACAGUGUGAUGAAGAAAGAAGA